AUGGAAUGGGAGGUCUCUGCUACUCGGCUUUACAAGGGCGAGGCUGUGCAGAAGCUCUUCAAGUUUAUUCGUCAUCUUCGAGAUUCAUUGCCGCCGCCCGAUCGAAAGCUCAAGGGUUGCUGUAAGAUGAUUAAAGAGAGACAAGCAGAAGAGAGAAGGCAAGAUGAGGAGAAUGAGGUAUGUGAGGAGGGAGAGGAAGAGGAAGAGCGAGUGGAUGAUCCAAUGGUGGAAGAAGAAGAAGAAAAAAAAGAGAAAGAGACGGUGCCGGUCUUGAAGAAGGCUGGAAAGUACGCAGCCCCCCCACCACGGGGGCCGGUGAGGAGGCUGAAAGAAAAGACAGCAGAGGACUCCGAGGAGGUCAUGUUUGUGGGCUCUUCUACAUCCUCGGAAAAGAAAGAGUUGGACGAGGUCCGGCGAAAGAUCGAGGGCUGGGAAACGAAAGUCUCCAUCGACAUCCCCCUCGACAUCACCCGCGACUUCGACCAAAUCGUGGACACCCAGCCCAUCAACAUCCUGGACGCUGAGUCCCCAGCACCCACACCCCUCCGAAAGGGUGAGACUGCAGAGAGCAUGAAUGAGCCGGCACUUCCUGUGAACCCCGAGAUGCAGAGGAAGCUACGAAAGGCCAAGCAGGCUGCUAUUUCUGAGGGCAAGGGAACGGGAAAAGGAGCUGGAAUGAAGAUACUUGUGAUGGUCUUCGCGAUCGUUGCCAACAUGCCUCUUGAUUUCACGCAGGUCUAUGAGGCUGUCGAGUUUUCCAAUGAUCUGGAGCCAAUGGAUGAUGUUGGCUAUCGUCCUGAAGAUGAAGCCUGGUAG